AUGCCGCUGGACAAGAGCCGCAUCCAGGGCUUCGGGCACGACGGGUCCGUGUCGGAGCCGAUCCAGAAGGCGACGAAAUGCCCGGCCGGCCACAGCCUGAAGCAGUGGUCCGCGCGGCAGGGCCAUUGCGACGGGUGCUCCCGGAGGGUGUUCACCAACGAGAAGGUGAUGGACUGCAGGCUCUGCAACUGGUACCUGUGCAUGACGUGCGUUGACCAAGGCCCACCGGCCUCGGGCUGGAAUGCCAUCGUUGACCAGUUCGCCACCCCCGAGAUGAAGAACGCAAUUGAGGGCAUCGCGUCGCAGGUGAACGAAGUGAUGGAGGCGGCUGCGGAGGACCUGCAGGAGCUCGGCAGCGAGGUGAAGAGCGCUAUGGCUGGUGCCCUGGGGCUGGAUAGCGACGACGAGGCCCAGCCCGCCUCCUCCAGCGCGCAGGACAGGGCGCGGAAGAGGAACGACUCCGGGUCGCCCCGGUCGCGCGGCGAGGCCGCCAAGCUCGUGUCCAGCUUCUGCCAGAAGUACCCGGCCACGCGGGUGGCGCCGAACGCGGCCGAGCUCGAGGCGUUCUGGGUGAGCUGCAGCCUUCUGCGGCCCGACCCCGUCGCGAGCGCCUUCUACGAGGAGCUGAGUUGGGCAGGGGGCGAGCUGGAGUGGCAGCCCCGGCUGAGGGCGCUCUACGCCCUGGAGCGGCUUCACGACGAGGGUGGUGUCGGCGCGGAGAUCGCGAGUACCGUGGUCGAGAAGGGAGGGGGCCUAAUCCAGUACCUCGUGGACGUGCACCAGUGUAAGGAGAAGGCCUCCCAGGUAGUCCUCAAGCUGAUGGGCAAGACGCCCGACGGUCAGGACGCGCCACCGCCCAGCAAGAGCGAGGCGGCCGCCAAAGCCAAGGCGAAGCCUAAGGCCAAACCCAAGGCCAAGCCGGCGGCUGCGCCAGCCGCGGCCGACCUGCUCGGCGACGUCUCGACGCCGAAGGAGUCCGCCGCCGCAGCUCCCGCCGCCAAGGGCAGCGGGUCGGGGCACCUGGACUUGAUGGACGUCGGCGCGGUGGCGGGCCCCGCCCCUGCGCUGGACCUGACCGCCCCCGUGCAGGCCGGCAUGCAGGACCUGAACCUCCUCGGCGGGGCGCCGCCGCAGGCCAGCGCGGACGCCUUCCCGACUCUCGACCUCACCGCGGCAGCCCCGCCGCCCCAGGCGGCCGCGGCGCACCCGCAGCCAGCCGCGACCGCCGCCGCACCGCCCGACCUCGGGCUGUUCAACCCGAGCGCCAGGCCGCAGCUGCCGCUGGGCGCCGGGCCGGCGAUGGCGGCCCCGCCGCCCGCGGCCGGAGGGCCCCGGGCGAUGAACGGCCUGGGCGGCCAGGUCGUCUUCGGCGGCGCCCUGCCGUUCGGCAGCACGCCCACCUCGGCCGCCUCGGCAGGCCGCACCCCGCCUGGCGCCGGCUCGGCCUUCGGUGGGCUCGGCCUUCCCGGCGCCGGCCUCGGCGCGGCCGCCGCGGGGAAGGCCGCCGCGGCGCCACCGCGGGGGAGCACCCACGGCCCACCCGGCGGGGCCAGCGCGCUCGACAGCCUGGACGCGCUGACGGCGCACCUCACGGGCGACUUCACGAGCCUGACCGCCCCCAGCGGCGGCCCGCCGCCCGCGGCGAGGCCGUCGGCCCCGGGGAUGGGCGCCAUGGCCGGAGGCCACUCCGCCAUCCCGUUCGUCACGGACCUGCCGAAGGGGCCAGUGCACAUCCCGUUCGUCACGGACCUGGCCCCGGUCGAGAAGGCCGUGGACCCGUUCGCCUUCGUGUCCGACGUCACUGGCCUGGACAAGAAGUGA